AUGUUAAUAAAUAAGCUUCCUUUAUUAGAAUAAACAUAGUCUCCUAAACCAUUCCAUAAAACUAAGUUAAACUUUGAGAAUACAAGUUAAUACUAAGGAGAAAGGUUUUAUAAGUAGCCGCUUGUUUAAAAAUAAAAGAGACAACUAAGCAUCAUGAAAUCUUAAAAUGAAAUAAAAAAAUAAAUUCAGAAUAUAACUGAUGAUUCUAUGUCAAAAAGAAUUUAACAAUCUAAAUUAUAACCAGAAAUUCAAGCAGUAGACAAAUUAUAAUAAGAAUUUGAAACAAAAUAUUUGGAAUAAGUAAUUUAUGAUUGGGUUUAUUUAGAUUAGAACUAUAGAUGAUUUGAAAUUGGAAAACAUAAAAUUAAAAAUGCAGUUAGAAGAAUAAGAAUAAUAAAUUAUUUAUUUAAAAUUAAUAAACAGUGAUUUAAGAUAAUAGAUAGAAAUCUCAUCGACAGAUAUUCAAAUCAAAAAAUUAGAAUAAGAGUAUAAGGACACAUACAGAAGGAUGGAUGAUACCUUAAGAAAGGCAAUUGAUGAGAAUUAUGAAAGUUAAAUUAAAAUGAAGAACUUAUAAAUAAAGUCUCAGUAAUUGGAGCAUUUCACGGUAUUUAUAGUUUAAAUGAUAGUUUAUGUUAAAGUAAUAAUUAACAUGUAAAUUUUGUAGAAAAGAGUUACAUAAUACAAUAACAGUGAUUCCAUGUGCUCAUAAUUAUUGUUAAAGAUGUGUUUCUGGUUAUGUUGGGAAAUGUUUUGCAUGUAAUGACGAUGUAAGAUAAUUAAUUAUUCUGUAAUAGAAUAAAGUGCAGGCUACUUAUCAUAAUGAAUAUAUUAGUGAUUUAAUCAACAUGUAUAAAAUAUUUGAGAACAUUUUAAGUUUAUUGAGAAAUUGA